AUGGAAGACGGAGUGGGAGAAUUUAAAAUACCGAGGACGAAGAUAUUUCUGGUGUUUGCAUCUUUGGUAUUGAAGUUCUAUUGUCAUUUAUCAGGAAUACUGUCGCAGCAGGGGGAACUUGCGAUCAUGAAUUUAUUAGGAGUAAUAAAUAGCGUGCGAGAUUGGCUGAACGUCAAUUGGCAGUAUCAAGUCGACGAAAUAUCGAAAUUGCCACUGUCCCAUAACAACUCCAAUCCCAACUAUGAGGAGUGUGUGAAAACCGUCCUGAAGUGGGUCGUGAUGACACGGAUGAUAAUAGCGCACCUGUACACAGCGACGUACAUCGCAAACUUUUAUCCAAUUUUAACCUUAUGCCGGGGACGAUUGUUGGUUCCCUGGUUGGCGAUGAGUGCUGUUAAAAACUUUAUCCUGGAGGUCAUUGUCCUCGUGGUCGUUGUGCUUUUGUACCUGCAGAAUCAUCUGUCCAUUUACUUACUGUGCGAAUUUUUUAUUCACAAAUUGGUGACGCUUGCGCCUGCAGUAUACAACUGGCUGACGAUAAACUCCUUCUACACCGAAUUAAAGUCGCUAAAUCAUCGAAAGCUAGCUAGACUCAAUACCUCAAUAUUCUAUCAAAAGUCUUCAAUAGUCUACAAGCACCCGAACGUCAUAAUAGGGCUCCCAAUGCAGGCCACAAAUCCCAAUUAUCCGCAAGAGCUCUUUAAUUCAGGCUCGGGCCCUCCGAUGAGAGUCACAUCUCUCGCAAAUUACCGCCACCCACUCUCUGACCCCCCCGGAAACCUCAGACUGACAAAAUCCUUAUCCUUCGCCUCGAUCGACCGAAGAGAAAUCGACUCCCUCAUUACCGAAAAUGCGCAGUCUCAUGCAAGAAAACUUCAGGGGGCAAUCAGUGAAGCUUCAACAUCAUCACCCUGCGGUUGUUCCCUCCGCGAUGAUCAGGAAUUUCUCGAUUUAAAUAACAAGACAUCGGAGGAAACGGUCUUUACAGAUCAACGCACAGAGACAAUCGAUCCCCCGGAAUCGUCUUUUCUCCCUCAAGACUGGUUUUUAAAAAAGAUGAAUGACAGAUAUAAAUUGAGUGACUACACAAAUCUCCUGAAUCAAUACAACGAUGGCGAGUCUUCCAGAUGGUCAUCUAACGAAGAAGUGAACGAUGAAGAGUCCGCUACCACCAUAAUCAAGACUGUACCUGACGAAGUCCCCAAAACGUCGAAGCCAUCGACUAAAAUGGACUCGAUCCAGUGGCGAAGGCGACUUGAGAUCAUCGGAUCGUCCUUCGAGUCGACUCUCCAGUAUUACAAUCAAUCCUACGACUCCCGAUCCUCAAAAUUAUCCAUGAAUGACUUUGGAUUGAGCCGAAGUUGGAUUCUAGAUGGAAUGAUAAUCACAGGAACUGUGAAUAAUAGAAAGACGUCGAGUCAGGGGUUGAACACGAACGUGAAGAGACUUGAGAGGGUGGAGAUUGAGGCUUUGAAGGCGUAUAAUAAGAAAACGCUAUGGGAGGAUCGACUGAAUCGUCAGAAAUUGAAGGGAGAUCUUGAGAAAUCACGGAGGGGCUCGAAUGAAUUAUCGAAGAAGGAGGAAGAGUGCGAAAGGGAGGUCCAAAGGGAAAGAAAGUACGAAGUUACGAGCUUGAGCAUUAAAAAGGUCAUUGCCAGUCUCGAUUGGUCCCUGGGGGCUUUCCCAAUUGAUCUCUCCUAUCGAGGCGAACUGAAUUCCGGACAAAUUACCGAUGGACAUGAUGAUGAGCCGUUGGUAGCUAAUCUUGCCUCAGAUAACACGAGAAACACCACGGAAUUACUUCUGUUUGCCUUUGGUUUCAGUGACAGGAGUGGAUUCGGCGAGUGGAAUCCAACGUCAGACAUUUAUUCUUCAUCUGAAGAAAUACCCAAUGUCUUCUUUGAGAUUAUUAAAACAGCCAGAGUGAGGGCUAUUAAACACGACUGUAACUGCCGGAGUACAGCCGAUGUGGAUUAUGGAGAAAAUUAUUGGGGGAAUGUCAAAUACAUCACGUAGUUGGAAAGAUUUAAUAAUUUUCUGCUCAUACAGUUGAGCGAUAGGCGAACAUAAAUUUAAACGAAAUGACGAAAGACACUGAUCUAGGUCAGUCACAUGUUCCUCGUGAGAAUUGAAAAAACUGUUUAUAUAAUUCGCUCGUUUAUUCGUUGAAAUGUGGAGAUAAUUUAUUACUCUUUAAUCGUCAUGAAUUUAACAACGCAGGGUCGACGAAAGAAGUUUCGUCAGUUAAAAAUGAUCACCAUCCACUAUUCAUUUUUAUUAAUGGGUUAGUAUAUCGUAGACCCAUUAAUACUACAUCGCUGUAUUGAGCUCAUUAACACAGUUUGUCUUUGGUUCCACUAUCAAUGAAUGGACCCCAACAUCAGACAUUCAUUCUUCAUCUGAAGAAAUAUCCAGCGCGUUCUUCGAGAUAAUGAAAACAGCCAGGAUUAUUAAACCCAAGUGUAAUUAUCGAAAAACACCGGAUGUAAAUCAUGAAGAAAUUAUUGGAGGAAUGUGAAAUAAACUAAAUCACCCAAUCUCAAGAUAAUUCCUGCUCAAGCAAUUAACUUAAUGUAGACCAUAAACUUCAACGGAAUGAUGAA